AUGGAUUCUGGCAACAGUGAAAGCUUACAAUCUUCAAGUGAUGACCACGAGUCUUCAUCAACAGGUGUUGCAGCAGAUCACUCUUCAUUUUUUCUCCCACCCUUCUCCUCCCCCUUCUACGGCGCCCCAACAACCCUCUCCUCCGCCUCCGCCUCUUCCUCCUCCGCCACAUAUCUAAACUUCGUCAACAAUCUCAUCUCCGAUGACAUUCUCCACCAAACCCAUCUCCUCCCUCCUCCACCACCGCCGCAGCCUCCUCCGCCUCAGCCUCCUUCUUCCUCAAGAAACCCUAGAAAACGAACAAGAGCUUCAAGAAGAGCACCAACCACCGUUCUCACCACCGACACUUCUAACUUCAGAGCUAUGGUUCAAGAAUUUACCGGCGUCCCUGCCUCUCCAUUCUCUCACCCUUUCUCCUCCACUACUCGCCGCUUUGAUAUUUUCCGAUCUCCGUCCGAUCAACCUCUUAAUUUCAACCCUUUUCGUCCAAUCCCUCAAAAACCUCAUAAUCAACCUUUGAUCCCUUCUUCUUCAUCUUCUUUGCUUAACCAAUAUAAUCACACUUCUACUUCAACAAACUUUCAGACUCUUCCUGAUUUGCCCCUCCCCCAAAGUCACCACCAAGUUUCUACGUUUCAGUCUCUUUUAUCUCAUCAACAUCAUAAUCAGCAAACAACAAUAUCCUCUCUUCACGAUCUUGACUCAAUAAAUCUCGGAGCAUUACAGCAAAAUCAAAAUCGCAAUCCAACGUCUGAUGAUGACCACCAGCUGAUGAUGAUGAGACAGUUCUCAGAGUUUGAUAAGGGACAUGAGUCUUCUUCUUCGGCUCCGAUCAAAAGCUCUUCAGGUACUACUACUACUACUACUAGUACAACAACAACAACAGUUGAUCCCUGGAUUUGCCCUACAGAUUCCAGUAAUUGA